AUGACAGAUGCCAAGUCUGCCACACUCAAGGACUGGCUCAGGGACAAGUUGAAAGCCAGGAAGAUCUGUCCUAGCAAGUCUUCCAUCAGUUCCCCUGUAAUGUUUGUUCCCAAGAAGGAUGGCUCCCGCCGUUUGGUUGUAGACUACCGCCGCCUCAAUAACCGGACUAAGAAAAACGUUUACCCGCUACCCCGUCCUGAUGACCUCAUGGCCCAGCUCUGUGGUGCCAAGGUCUUCACUAAAUUAGAUUUACAUUGGGGUUACAACAACGUCCGGGUUAAGGAAGGCAACAAAUGGAAAACUGCCUUCCACACUAAAUACGGCCUGUAUGAGUCCUUGGUCAUGACAUUUGGUUUGACAAACGCCCCAGCUGCCUUUCAACACUUCAUGAACAAACUGUUUAAAGACUUACUAGACGUAUGCGUCAUCAUUUACCUGGAUGACAUCCUGAUCUACUCAAAGGAUGACGUAUCUCAUAUGCAACACAUACAUGAAGUUUUGCGGCGCCUGAUGGACAACCAGUUAUUCUGUAAAGCGUCAAAAUGCACCUUCCACGUCACAUUGGUGGAGUACCUUGGCAUAAUUGUCUUGGAUAAGGGGUUCAGCCUGGAUAAGCUCAAAAUCCAGGCAGUCCAAGAAUGGCCCACGCCCACCAAGGUUAAGGAAGUACAGUCCUUCCUUGGGUUUGCCAACUUCCUACAACAAUUUGUUGCCAACUUUAGCCACAUGGCCAGACCCCUGCACAACUUGGUUAAGAAGGAUACGGCUUGGACAUGGGAUACCAAAGAACAGGAAGCAUUCCAAGGACUGAAAGACACCAUCAGUAACGCACUGGUCCUCUGUCACGCCAACCCUGAGAAACCCUACUUCCUGGAAACAGACGCAUCAGGCGCAGCCCUAGGCUCCAUACUCAGUCAACGCCAGGAGGACGGUUGUCUCCACCCACUAGGCUUUCUGUUGGAAUUGUUUAAGGGCGCUGAACAGAACUAUGACACGCACAACAAGGAACUACUUGCAAUCAUCCGUUCCUUGGAGUACUGGCGUAUCUUCCUGGAAGGCACGGCCCACCCAAUCACAGUCUUCACGGAUCAUUGGAAUUUGGAAUAUUGGAAAGAAUCCCGCACAUUCAACCAGUGCCAUGCACAAUGGCACUUACUCCUUGCCGGGUAUAACUUCCAAAUUGUAUACCGGCCUGGAAAACAAUCAGGGAAGCCAGAUGCCUUGUCACAACAAUUGGACCAUGCGGAUAUCCCACCAGAACCCCAGCCCAUGUUGCCAGAUCCGGUAUUUGCCAACGUUGCCUUAGUUACACCAGAGAAGGAGCUACAACGCCAGAUUGAGUCAUCCCUGGACCAAGACAAGUCCCUGGAGGAAAUCCUCCAAUUCCUACAGAACAAGUCCAAAGCACCCCCCUCCAUCAAACGUGCGUUCAAAGACUACAAGAUGGAGGCUGGACUACUUUUCUACCAAGGACAGAUUGUAGUUCCUGACGUUGGAACACUAAGGACAGACCUACUCCGUAUCUUCCACAACAGCCCCUUGGCAGGACAUCCAGGAAGACAGCGCACUCUAGAGUUGGUAUCAAGGAAUUACUACUGGCCCGGCAUUUGUGCUGACACAUAUUGGCAUGUGGACUCCUGUGAAACAUGUCAACGGAUCAGGAAGCCCAAGUACGCGUCUAUCCCACCUCAGCCUCUUGAACUCCCUGUUAGACCCUGGCAACACGUGUCAUACAACAUGAUAGUAGAUCUGCCAAAAGACAGGAACAACAAUUCCAUCUUGGUCAUAGUGGAUAGCUUCACAAAGUAUGGGAUUUUUGUCAAAUGUUCCAAGAAGCUCAAAGCACCCAAGCUAGCGGAGCUGUUCCUAGAGCAUGUAUGGAAACGGCAUGGUAUGCCCAAAAAAGAAAUCUCAGACAGAGGAAGGGUUUUCAAUAACAAAUUCCUGAGGGCGCUGUACAAACGCCUAGGAAUAGAUCCCCAUUUCUCCUUGGCAUACCAUCCCCAGAGCGACAGCCAAACGGAAUGGGUAAACCCCUCUAUAGAACAUUUCCUUAGGGCAUACUCAGGGAUCAAUCAGAAAGACUGGACCAGAUGGCUCCCAAUGGCGGAGUUUGCCUACAACAACGCGGUACACAGUAGCACAGGGAAAACCCCCUUCAAAGCCCUGUAUGGAUGGGAGCCCACCUUAACCCCGUCCAAUGUCCCAACAGAUGUACCAGAAGCUGAUUACCUUGCCAAAUCAAUGGAAGCCCAAUGGAGAGAGGUAGAAGCCGCUCUACGCCAAUCCAAGUCACAAAUGGUUGCAGGAGAAACAGGAACCCCAGUGGAAUUUGAAGUUGGAGAAGAAGCAUGGCUGGACGCCAAGAACGUUAACCCCCCAGUGGAAUUUGAAGUUGGAGAAGAAGCAUGGCUGGACGCCAAGAACGUUAACCUCAAAACUCUAAGUCCCAAGUUAACGGAGCAACAACUGGGACCCUUAAGGUUAUUGAGAAAAUCUCCAACUGCGCCUACCGCCUGGAACUCCCCAAAACAAUGCGAGUCACAAUGUCUUUUACAUGGCUCCCUGGCGGAGUUUGCCUACAACAACGCGGUACACAGUAGCACAGGGAAAACCCCCUUCAAAGCCCUGUAUGGAUGGGAGCCCACCUUAACCCCGUCCAAUGUCCCAACAGAUGUACCAGAAGCUGAUGACCUUGCCAAUCAAUGGAAGCCCAAUGGAGAGAGGUAG